CCCCUGCCACACGCCGCCUCGCCAUGACUACCCCCGCCUCGGAGUGGGCCGCGCACAUCCCCGAUGAAGAGCGCUACUUCAUGUCGGAUCGGGCGCUCGCGGCGUCGGACCGCAAGCGUGAGAUCUCCGCCCGGAAUGAGGGCCACCCUGUGCGCCUGGCGGCCAAGCCCCUGGCCCUGGCUCUGGCCGCGGGCCCAGCCGGGGCGCUCUUCCUCGGCCUGGCCGAUUGCACCAUUGUCCGUCUGGAUCUGACGACCAUGCGCCUGGAUGACCCGGCCAGUGCCCUGGUCGGGCACACCGGGCCGGUCACCGGGCUGGCGCACUUCGUCCUGCGGGCGCCGGAUGGGACGGCCGCCCGCGCGGGGCCGCUGCUGGCAUCGGCCUCCUGGGACCGGACGGUCCGGCUGUGGGACCCGGCCACCGGCGAGUGUCUGGCGCAGCUGGGCACCGCGCUGCAGUCGAUCGCGGCCCCGGCCGCGGCCGCGGCCGCCCCCCGGCCGGGGCUCGUCCUGCCCGGCGGGCACACCGAGUUUGUCAAGGCCGUCUGCGUGACCGACCUGCCGGCCGGGGCCCUGGGGGCCCUGCUGCCGGCCGGCGCCAGCCCCACGGUCAUCUGGAGCUCCGGCACGGAUGGGGCCCUGCGCGCGUGGGCCCUGGUCCCCGGGCCCGAGGGGCGCAUCCAGGCCGCGCGCGAGGUUCUCCAGGUCCGCUUCGGCCGCGGCUCGCUCGAAGGCCUGGCCUUUGAUGCCGCCAAUGGCAUCCUGAGUGUCGGCACGUCCCUCGGCCAGGUUCACCGGUUUUCGCUGGCCCCCAACGAGGGGGGCUCCUUCGUGGGCGUGGUGGCCGACGCCGAUGGCGUGGCCCGGGUGGCCGAUGGCCCGGCCCACGCGACGGCCUCGGCCCAGCGCUUCGAGACCAAUGUCACCCACUUGGCCAUGCUCUCGCUGGCGGACGGCACCUCGGUGGAGUGCGCCGUGUCGGCGCAAAAGCUGGCCUGCCUGGCGCCGCUGGAUCCCCAGGACCCCAAUCCCCCGGUUAUCCUGGACCACACGAUCUUGGCCCGGUCGUCGCACUCGCUCCGGUGCAUUGCCGCCGGGCAUGGGUCCGCCACCGGCGGGCAUGGUGCCCUGCUGGCCGCUGUCGGGUCCGAGUGCGGGCGCAUCUUCCUCUGGGACCGCCAGGACCCCAAGCGGCCGGUGCUCCAGAUCCAGGCCCACGGCGACGCGGUGUCCGGCUUGGUUUUCCCCUUCCCCGGGCCCGAGGGGGCGCCCCUCACCUCGGAGCUGAUUUCCAUCGGGCUGGAUGCCACUGUGCGGUUCUGGCGCCCGGAGGGCAGCCUCCCCCUUCCCCGUGGACGCGAGUCACUCGUCGACCGCGCGGCCAAGCUCUACGCCGACCCGGAGGCCGACAAGGCCCAGGCCAUGAAGCAGAAGUACGAUGAGCUCUUUGACGAGCUGUUUGCCACCAGCGACGAGGAGGAGCAGGAGCAAGACCAGUAGAGCCCCGCGUGCAGCGCGCCCAGGCAACAGGCAGGGCGACAGUCCCCGCCCCCCC